AUGACGGGACAGGACGAUGUGGACAUACCUGAAACAGGAGCCAUCUUCACAUUUGGAAAGAGCAGUUUUGCUGACAAUGUGCCUAGUAAAUUCUGGUUGAAGAAUGACCAGCCAGUGCAUCUGUCUUGCGGCGGAGAGCACACUGCUGUCAUUACAGAAAAUGGCAAGCUGCUCAUGUUUGGUGGUAAUACUUGGGGCCAGCUUGGGUGUGGAUUUAAGCCUGCUGCUAGCAAACCUGCCCCUGUGAAAGCCUUAAAGUCUGAGAAGGUGAAGCUUGUAGCUUGUGGGAGAUAUCACACAAUUGUCUGCACAUGGCAGGGUAGUGUGUUUGUUUCUGGCAGUAACCAGGAGGGGCAGCUUGGUUUGGGCCACUGCAACAACACCACAUCCUUUCGCCUGCUGCAUCCCUUCUGUGACCAUGCACCAAUCAAAAUGCUUUCUGCAGGAUGCAACACCUCAGCUGCCUUAACAGAGGAUGGGAGGCUCUUCAUGUGGGGAGACAACGCCGUGGGUCAGAUCGGUUUAGGGGAUGAGGGGUUUGCACCAGAACCCACAGAGCUGGAUGUUGGGGAGGCGGUGGUGUGGGUCUCCUGUGGGUACCACCACUCAGCAUUUGUCACAGCGGAUGGAGAUCUCUACACGUUUGGCGAUACUGCGAAUGGAAAGCUUGGUCUCCAGGUGGAGCAGCUGACCAAUCAGAGAGUCCCUCAGCGGGUGCAAGGGUUUCUGGGUCAUGUCACCCAGGUGUGCUGCGGAGGAGAGCACACGGUGGCACUCACAGAGGAGAACGUGUACACGUUUGGCAGAGGUCAGUACGGUCAGCUGGGCCACGGGACAUUUCUGUUUGAAGUUCAUUUGCCAAAACCACUGGAGCACUUUUGUAACAGCAGCAUCAAACAAGUUGCCUGUGGAGAGAACCACACGGCUGUGGUAACAAACAGUGGGCUCCUGUACACGUUUGGUGAUGGUCGUCAUGGGAAACUGGGUUUAGGGGAGGAGAACUUCAUCAACCAGUUCAGCCCGACAAUCUGCACACGUUUUCUUAAGUACAGUGUUCAGUUAGUGUCCUGCGGUGGUAACCACAUGCUGGUACUGGCUGCACCCAGACCAGAAGAGGAUGUCACAAUCACAGAGAACUUCUUGGAGCCAAGUUACACAGAAAUGCUUUUGCUGGACACUUUGAUUGAUCCUAAACUAAUAGUCCCACUCUCGGCCCUCGCUGCUCGAGCCCGCCACAGAGAAAAAGGAAACUCUGUGGAGCAGUUUGGAGAGAUGUUUCGCAACCUACCACGUCUAAAUUCCGACUUCCUCAACACCUCCUGCACUCAGGGAACAGAGGUGGUUUCUGUCAGCGAAAAUAAAUCCCUGAAAGACACAGAACCUGUUGAUAGGAAUCUGCUGGUUUCAGGAACACACAGAGAGGAAACUAAGAGCCUGACUGAAGAAAAGCCAAGGUGGGGCGAGAUCCUCACUACCGCGGCCUGUCUUCUUCCUGCUGCUGGGAUAGCAGGUGCAGCUAUGGAGGUCCUUAGUGAGGCAGUGACAAGCGUGGGGCGUUUCCAGUCUGACAAAGUGUCAAAUUCACCAGAAGGAAGCACAAGGAAAGACGAUCAGGUCAAGAAGGAUGUAGUUCAAGAAGAGGAAAGUCUUGAUACCACUCAGUCACAACAGGGGGUGAUGAAAAGUGACAGGGGUGAAGACUUUUCACAAACAGAUCGGAAGAACAGUGACACAGAUGUGGGAACUUCCCAGCAAGAACAUGAUGAAGAUGAGAAAACCCACAAGGAUCAUGAAGGAGAAGAAACAGAUACUGAAGAUGAGGACAAGAAGGAAGAUGAAGAAAUUGGAAGCGAUGUGGAAGACAAAGAAGAAGAGGAAGAGAGGAGUGAAAGUAGCAAUGACUUAGGGGAGGAAAAGGAAAGUGUUACGGGAGGGACUGAGGAAGAGCAAGAUCAUGAAACUGCAGAGGAAGAUGAUGAUGAGGAAACAUGCUCCAGCAGUGAGGAAGAGGAUGAAGGAAUUAAGAAGGAUGAUGUCAUUGAGACUGAAGAGGAGGAAGAAGAAAGCAGUGAGGAAGCAGGGGGAGGAGGAAUUGAGUCGGAGGUAAGUGAGGCAGCCGAGGAGGAGGGAAGUGAAGAAUCCAGUGAAGAAGAGAAUAAAGAAGAGGAAGAGAGUGAGGUGAGUGAGGAUGAGGAGGAUGUAAGUGGUGAAGACUCAGGGAGCGGCAAGAGCAAAGAGUCAGAGGAGGACAGAGACGGUGUCGCUGCAGAGUCUGAUUCUGAAGAAGAAGAAAACAUUGAGGAAGAGGGAGAAGAGGUUGAUGCAGAGGAACAAAAAGAUUCCACUGAAAGUCAGGAUGAGGAGGACCACUCAGAAGAAGAAGAAGAAGAAGAAGAAGAAACAGAUAAGAGUGAAGGGGAGGAAUAUGAGACACAGGACGAAGUGAGUGAUGAAAAUGACGAGGAGGGAGACAGUGAGCCUGAUGAAGACGAGGAUGAGCAAGCGAAUGAUAAAGAAAAGGAGGAAGAGGAGGAAGAUUGUGAGGGAAAAACAUCCGUUGAUGAGGAAGAAGCUGAGGACGAGACUGCUGAGGAGGAAGACAAAGAGGAGGAUGAGGAAGAAGAGGGUGAGGAGGAAGAAGAGAGUAAGGAGGAGGUUACAGAGGGGGAGGAUGAAGAGGGUGAGGAGGAAGAAGAGAGUAAGGAGGAGGUUACAGAGGGGGAGGAUGAAGAGGGUGAGGAGGAAGAAGAGAGUAAGGAGGAGGUUACAGAGGGGGAGGAUGAAGAGGGUGAGGAGGAAGAGGAGAGUAAGGAGGAGGUUACAGAGGGGGAGGAUGAAGAGGGUGAGGAGGAAGAGGAGAGUAAGGAGGAGGUUACAGAGGGGGAGGAUGAAGAGGGUGAGGAGGAAGAGGAGAGUAAGGAGGAGGUUACAGAGGGGGAGGAUGAAGAGGGUGAGGAGGAAGAGGAGAGUAAGGAGGAGGUUACAGAGGAGGAGGAGGAGGAGGAAGAAGAGGGUGAUGAGGAAGAAGAAGGAAAGGAGGAGCUUACAGAGGAGGAAGAAGAAGAGGGUGAAGAAGAGGUAGCAGAGCAAGAAGGAGAAGAGGAAGAGACACCGAGGACGAAGCAGAGCGCUGCAGGAGAGAAGAAACAAGACGACUCUCAGCAGUUCUGGAACGAUGUUCUGCCUCAGUACCUCGACCUGCAGUGA